AUGGCGCCCGCUGCAGACUCAGCGGCUCAGGCCAAGGAGAAUGCCCAGAGCACCAAGGUGCUCGAGGAGCUGCUCUCCAAACUCUCCGUCUCCAAGACCGCCGACGAGGUCAAGGGCGCCUCGCAGGAGAUCGCCGUCUUCAUCAAUGGCGACAUUCAGGAGCAGGCGGUCCCACUCAAGGCUGUCGAGACUCUGAAGAAGAUGCUGAACAACAAGAAGGACGCCAACGCACGACAGAACGGUGUAGAGGCCAUUGCCACCAUCGCCAAGCACUCCGACAUCUCGCCCGCUGUCGAGCCAUACCUCGUUCAGCUUCUGCCCGUUGUCCUGGCUGCCGUCGGUGACAAGAUGGCCGCCGUCAAGGUUGCCGCACAGGACGCCGCCCUGGCCAUUGUCAAGGCCGUCAACGCCAACGCCGUCAAGCUCCUCAUUCCCGCCUUCAUCGACUCGAUCCGCAACGCCCAGAAGUGGCCCGAGAAGAUGACAGAUCUCGAGUGCAUCGAGGCUCUCGCGGAGAGCGCACCAGCGCAGACGGCAUUCCGCGUGCCCGACCUGAUCCCCAUCGUCUCCGAGGCCAUGUGGGACACCAAGCCCGAGGUCAAGAAGAAGGCUUACGGCACGAUGGAGAAGGUCUGCCAGCUCAUCGUCAACAAGGAUAUCGACCGCUUCAUUCCGGAGCUCAUCAAGUGUAUCGCCAAGCCAGAGAAUGUCCCAGAGACUAUCCACUUGCUCGGUGCUACUACCUUCGUCACCGACGUCCACGAACCAACUCUCGCCAUCAUGGUGCCUCUGCUCGAGCGUGGUCUCAAGGAGCGUGAGACCGCAAUCAAGCGCAAAUCUGCCGUCAUUGUCGACAACAUGUGCAAGCUUGUCGAGGACCCCAACAUCGUGGCUGCUUUCUUGCCAAAGCUCAUGCCCCAGCUUUCCUACAACUUCGACAACGUGGCGGAUCCAGAGGCCCGUGAGAAGACCAAGCAGGGUCUUGACACCCUUGUCCGUGUCGGUGACGUGAAGGACGGCAAGAUUCCCGAGGUCUCGCACGUCGGUGACGUCGAGACCGUCUACCAGAAGCUGAAGGACAUCCUCAGCUCGCAGCACAAGGACGCCGUCGAGAAGUUCGAGCCAGUACUCAAGUACAUCGCUGCCAUCGGUGGCCAGCUCAUCGACGAGAAGGAGGGCGACUCCAUUGCUUGGAAGACGCAGCUCAAGCCAUACGUCAUUCAAAUCGUUGGCGAGAACGACGCCGAGGGUAUCGUCGACACUCUCCGCAAGCGCGCCUCUCCAGCCGCCGCUCAGGAAGACGAGGUCGAGGCCGAUGAAGAGGAGGGCGAGGAUCUUUGCAACUGCACAUUCAACUUGGCCUAUGGUGCCAAGAUUCUUCUCAACCAGACCCAUCUGCGUCUCAAGCGUGGUCAGCGUUACGGUUUGCUUGGUCCUAACGGAUCUGGCAAGACUACGCUCAUGCGUGCGAUCAACAACGAGCAGGUCGAGGGUUUCCCCAAGCAGAACGAGGUCAAGACUGUCUACGUUGAGCACGACUUGGACGCUGCUGACACCGAGAUGACCGUCAUGGAGUGGACAGUAAUGAAGUUGAGACAGGCCGGCCUUACGCUGUCUGAGGAUGAGAUCAACAGCGAGCUUCUGUCCUUCGGUUUCGUCCAGGAGCAGCUCAACGGCCCCAUCACCGCUCUGUCUGGUGGUUGGAAGAUGAAGCUUGCGCUUGCCCGUGCUGUGUUCGAGAAGCCCGAUAUUUUGCUGCUCGAUGAGCCCACCAACCAUUUGGAUGUGAAGAACGUCAAGUGGCUCGAGGACUACCUGACGAACUCGCCUUGCACCUCCAUCAUCAUCUCUCACGACAGCAAAUUCCUGGACAACGUCAUUCAGCACGUUAUUCACUACGAGCGCUUCAAGCUCAAGCGCUACCGCGGCAAGCUCAGCGAGUUCGUCAAGCGUGUCCCAUCUGCCAAGUCCUACUACGAGCUCGGCGCAUCAGAGAUGGAGUUCAGGUUCCCGGAGCCUGGUUUCCUCGAGGGUGUCAAGACCAAAGCCAAGGCAAUCGUCCGUGUCACGAACAUGACCUUCCAAUACCCAGGCACACCAAAGCCGCAGAUUCAGGACAUUACCUUCCAGUGCUCUCUUGGCUCUCGUAUCGCUGUCAUCGGUCCCAACGGUGCCGGCAAGUCCACUUUGGUCAACGUUCUCACCGGUGAGCUCAUCCCCACCAGCGGAGAUGUGUACCAGCACGAGAACAUCCGUAUUGCCUACAUCAAGCAGCACGCCUUCGCUCACAUCGAUCACCAUCUCGACAAGACACCUUCCGAGUAUAUCCAGUGGCGUUUCCAGACUGGUGAGGACCGUGAGACCAUGGACCGUGCCAACAAGAUCGUCACCGACGAGGACGAGAAGGCUAUGGACAAGAUCUACAAGAUUGAGGGUACGCAGCGUCGUGUCAUUGGCGUGCACUCGCGUAGAAAGUUCAAGAACUCCUACGAGUACGAGUGUUCGUUCGCCCUUGGUGACAACAUCGGCAUGAAGAACGAGCGGUGGACGCCCAUGAUGACCGCGGACAACGCCUGGAUUCCUCGCAACGAGCUCAUCCAGUCUCACCAGAAGAUGGUUGCUGAUGUCGACCAAAAGGAAGCCCUUGCCAGCGGUCAGUUCCGUCCUCUGGUCCGCAAGGAAAUCGAAUCUCACUGCGCCAACUUCGGUCUUGAUGCCGAGCUUGUCUCUCACUCCCGCAUGCGUGGUCUCUCCGGUGGUCAGCGUGUCAAGGUCGUCUUGGCCGCUUGCUCAUGGCAGCGUCCUCACUUGAUCGUCCUGGACGAGCCAACCAACUAUCUCGACCGUGACUCAUUGGGUGCCCUGUCCAAGGCUAUCAAGGCUUUCGAGGGUGGUGUCAUCAUCAUCACUCACUCCGCAGAGUUCACUAAGGACCUUACGGAGGAAGUCUGGGCUGUCAUGGACGGCCGCAUGACUCCAUCCGGCCACAACUGGGUUCAGGGUCAGGGAGCGGGCCCUCGUCUGAAGCAGGAUGACGAGGAGGAGGAGAAGUUCGAUGCCAUGGGUAACAAGAUCGAGUCGACCAAGAAGCAGAAGAAGCUCACUUCUGCCGAGCUCCGCAAGAAGAAGAAGGACCGCAUGGCCCGCCGCAAGCGUGGUGAGGAGGUCUUCUCUGAUGAGGACGACUAG